AUGGAAUUGUCCAAGAUUUCAUCAGUCCUCGCAUCUCUCGUGGUAGCAUUAUCCCUACUCCAUUCCAUUUAUGCACAAGAUUCAAUCAAAGACUACUUGAACGCCCACAACUAUGCCCGAAGGGCGGUUGGUAACAAACCCUUGGAGUGGGAUCCUGUACUAGAGCAGUAUGCGAAAGACUAUGCCAAUAAGCACCUUGACUGCCAACUGAUGCACACCGGCGGUCCUUACGGCGAAAACCUUGCCAUGGGCUGGGGCAUGGUUGCCCUAGAUGCUGUGAGCAUGUGGGUGUACGAGAAGAAAUUUUACAGCUACGAGGCCAGAAACUGCGUCGGCGGUGGCGAAUGUGGGCAUUAUUUGCAGGUUAUUUGGAACACAUCGACUCACCUAGGGUGUGCUAAAGUGAACUGCACCAAUGGGGGUACUUGGAUCGGGUGCAACUACAAUCCCCCUCCAAAGGGUGACUUGCCUUACUAAGAAGAUUUCAUGUUCUGAUAGCUAUGUGCGCGCGCACACUAUUAUGAAUAAAAUGAAUCAAUAACUGAAUGUUACCCUGUUAUAAACAAAGUGAAAGCAUACAACUUUCCAUAUCAUGUGUUGAACUGCAUCUGUUGUAAUAGAAGAAGCGAUGAUCUUUUUCCGCUCUUUCUUGCAUUUAUUUUGUACAUAUAUGUAUGCUGAUAUGCCUUACGUACUUAAGAAUGUAUUUAGGCAACACAUAUCGCUUUUGUUUCCUACAAUAUUUCAUUUGAAGUAAUGGAUACAUCUCAUUAUCUAUCU